UUUUUCUCAUUUUCAGUCAAGACUACAACCACUGCGUGACGCGCUUAUCUCUAUCAAUUGACAUUGAAAAUCAGGGAAGAAAGGGUAAUGGACUGAUUACUUUAGAUAUCUCUUUACCUGCCGCCACAUCCCCUAUCCCCCUUCCCUUGAACCGCUCCUGCGGAAUCACACGUGCACGAAGAAAACAACACUCCAUCAGCACAACAAAUCCCACAUAUACCGGCCUCAAGAUGACGGAACCACCAGCAAAACGUGCUCGCCGUGUCGAUAGCUCAGCCAUGUGGGACCAAGACGACCGGAGGACACGUUCACCCGAAGUAGAACCAGAUUAUACCAGAAGCCCUCGCCGGGAGCAUAUUGCGAAAGAUGAUGGACGACGCGAUGGGCCUCGCGAUGACCGGAGAUAUCGUUCUCGUUCCAGAGAUAGGAGGGACAGGAGGCGAGAAAGAAGCCGGUCGAGGGAUCGCCGUGACCGCGACCGCAGAGACAGAGACAGAGAUGGACGGGGAAUGAGGGACAGAGAAAGAAGUGUCAGUCGGGAUAGGCACUAUGAUAGACGCGGCUACCCUUCGAAAGGAGACAGGUUCAGGUCGCGAUCACCUAUUCCGAACGGCAACAGGGACCGGUCGCGGACGCCGCCACCUCGCGGACCCCGGAAUGACCGCAGGAACGAUCGCAGAGAUCAUAGAGGGCAGACAAACGGUGCUACGGAUGCGAAGUUGGGUGUGAACCGGCACAAAGAUGAGAUGGAUGUGGACAGUGACGGUGCUGUGGGAGAAGACGAUGUCGAGGCAAUGAUGCGCCGCAGCAUGGGAUUCACGAAAUUCAGGAGCACGAAGAACACCAAGGUUCCCGGGAACGACAUCUAUGGCGUCCGCAAGGAGAAGAAGACGGAGUACAGACAGUACAUGAAUCGUGUCGGAGGAUUCAACAGACCUCUCAGUCCCUCGAGGUGACCAAAAGCUUCUAUCUCCCGGCUACCUUCACGAUAUCAUCGGUCGUCGCUUGCUCGUUUUCUUAACUUUGCACUUUUCGAUUUAUUCCACAUCUCUAAAUGUUUUUUUGUUGGGGCGAUAUCAAUUUUCAUGCAUGGCUGGAGUCAAGAUCUAUGGAGGGCUUUUUCUUUUGUUGUCGCUCGACUGUUUUUUUCAAGCAAAUAAGAUACCUUUCAAAGCCUGUCUAUAUCCUUGCAUUGGUUCUUAGUAGGUCGAAUCAAGGCAGAUGUAAUAUAAUCAAG